CUCCUCCACUCGUGCGAAACCGGCAGCCCUCAGGAGCUGGUGGCUUGGCCUUGGCUGCGCACGCUCUCGCCUUGUGCUGCUGCUCGAUUCGUGCUCGCUGGGCUGACAGACUCGGUGCUUCGGCCGGUUCAGAAAUCUCGAGAUGGCUCGUAUUCAGCCGAGGACCGAUCAAAGGCCUGCUGUGGACGUGGACCACGUCGGCCAUGGAAACUUCACGGGUCAUCUGAAGAGCACUCUCAGCUCCGGCGAUAUGGACUUGCCAGGAGGAGCACGAGCCCCUAAGGCACGCAAGCCAUACACGAUAUCCAAGCAGAGGGAGAAAUGGACCGAGGACGAGCACAGGCUCUUCUUGGAAGCCCUGCGGCAGCAUGGCCGUGCCUGGCGCCGUAUACAAGAGCACGUAGGCAGCAAGACUGCCGUGCAGAUCAGGAGCCACGCUCAGAAGUUCUUCUCCAAGGUCAUCCGAGAAUCCUCUGGAGGGGAUAGCAACGGCAACGGCAACGGCGUAGCGGCUCCACCACAAAUUCAGAUUCCGCCGCCGCGGCCCAAGAGGAGGCCAACGCACCCGUACCCGCGCAAGCUGGGUAGUUCGGUCGGCAAGGACGACGCCUCCGCGAUCAAGCGGCUUCAGGAGCCCCAGCUGCAGGCACAGUCCCCGUCUCUGUCUGAGCAGGAGACUUGCUCACCGAAGUCUGUGUUAACCACAGCUGAAGGUAGUGGAUCACCAGCUUCCUCGGUUUACAUGAUGGAGGACAGAUGCCUCACACCAAGCACGGCAGUUGCACUUUCCAAGGAGGCCACCACUUCUGACGAGGCGGCGUGUGAACUACCUGGAGGUCCAGUUCUUUGGCUAUUUGGCAAGAGGGUUGUGGUUAGUAAUUUAUUCGAUCAGCAACCAAGCUCCAAUACUGGGAGCCUGCAACUACAACGUGUGGCAGACAUGGAACUGGACGCUUCAGCUCCUGAGUCACCGACUAGUUGUGGAACUGGGAAGAAGCUGUCCUCCCAUGCCGCAGAGGAAGCGAAGACAUGGCACCCGUGGCUGACCGGUACGCGGCAGUUUAUGCACUGUCUUCCUCAAGGCGAGCAGUUCUCCGUGCAUUCUGCUUGCCGACCCCUGAGCUACGGUGAUGGAAGCAUGCCUUACACGGCGUGGAACGCGCAGACAGUUACCUCAAACAAGCAGCAGGACAACCAACCGUCUCAAGCCGCAGCAGACUGCGAGGUCACGAGGGCACAAGGAUCGUGGACGGAGCCGUCCGUCACAACCUCCUCCAGCAGCGUGGUUGAAACAGCUCAGAAUUCAGAUUCUGUAGAAUCCACGAAAGUAAACAACGACGGAGACAAAGUGGCACCUGUUCCAGGUUCAAGGAAAUGCGCGAGCGUAGUUCCAGACUGCCUUCGAGGUUUUGCACCGUGCAAGCGCACGCCUCAGAGCAAGAUGCUGCUGCAGUCAGAGGCACCUGGGGAGGCAGAUAGAGAGAUGACAAGGCUGUGCCUGUAAAAUUUUUGCGCCCUCGCCAGCCACCGCUGCUCUGGAUAUAUAUAUUUUUUUGCUGAUAUUGAAGACGUAUGACUGUACAGUACAGCAGUGCUGAUGUUUUGCAGGACGGCCAUUCAGGCGUUCUGCUGUUACUUAUGAGAGGCAGAUUGACACUGGUGAAGCAGCCUUCCACAAAAGGGAUGGAGGUGACUGACUGGCUGUGGUUCCUGUCUGUCAUUUGUAUAGUUCAAGACAAUGCAGCAAGCAGUGUAAUAGUUGUAGUAGGAGACCAUAUUGUAUGACCUAUAUAUGUAAAUUACGAAUGUUGUUUUGUAAAACAAUGAAAUGACAAC